ACCGCCCCCUUCCGGCGCCUCGGCUUUUCGGGCGCAGAGCUGAGGCGCUGGCGUCGCGUUUGCGGUGGCUCUGAGGAACCACUUAGCGACCACCAUGGCCCCCGGCGCGGCCCGCGGGUCCCCGCGCUGGGUGCUGCCGCUCUGCGGCGCCGCGCUACUCCUGCUGCUGAUCCUGGCGACUGCGCCAGAGCCUACCGGAGCAGCAGGCUGUGCUCAGAACACAAACACUUCGUGUGAAGCGUGCCUGAAGAACGUCUCUUGUCUGUGGUGCAACACUAACAAGACCUGCAUGGACUACCCGGUUAGGAAGAUCUUACCACCCGCUUCUCUCUGCAAGCUGAGUUCUGCACGCUGGGGUAUUUGCUGGGUGAACUUCGAGGCGCUGAUCAUCACCAUGUCUGUGCUGGGCGGCUCCCUCAUCCUGGGUGUCACUGUGGCCUGCUGCUGCUGUUGCAGGAGAAAGAGGAGCCGGAAGCCGGAUAAGAGGGAUGAGCGUGCCAUGAGGGAGCAAGAGGAGAGGAGGGUCCGGCAGGAGGAGAGGAGAGCAGAGAUGAAGACAAGACACGAUGAAAUCAGAAGAAAAUACGGUUUGUUUAAAGAGAAAAACCCAUACGAGAAGUUUUAAACAACUUGUGUGUUCUUCAGACAGAUCAGGCAGCCCUGGAGCUUCCCAGAGGGACAUUGUACUCUUGCUGGCCUUGGCCCGGAUGAGUGACCAGGCCAACCAGGAUCUGCCCCAAGGACAAUCCUCUCUUCCUACAAACUGUGGCCUUCUGCUCCCUGCUGUCCGCUUUGCCCUUAAUCACAUGAGGCCUGAUCUUGUGGGUCCACUGAAGGGGCUGGUGCUCCUGUACACCAGUUCUGAGCUGAGCCUGACACUCACGCCGCCCACUUCCUGUCCUCUCUGUCCACAGUGCUCAGCACAGGGCCUUGUCACUGUGUCACAGAGCUGGCUGACCACUGGCAUCUUCCCAAACGUGGUGGGGUCCUCAUGUUCCUUCCUUGGACUUUUCAUGUGAGUCAGGUCGCUUUUGGGAGCCAGUGCCCCAGCAUGCAGAGUGGUAUGGAUUUACCUCCCGACCCAAGUACAUUGUGUAGCACUGAAGACAGAGUCAUCUGAAAUCGUUUUGCAGAUCUUGGAACAUCUCCAAAAUGAUUUCACCAAAAAAUGUUCUUUAGGUAACUAAAGUUCAGGCUCCCUUGGAUGGCAUUUUCAUUCAUGUCUUUGGUGGCCAUGAAAUCUGUUUCCCAUGGCAGCUAAGAUGCAGCUCAGACGUCCUGGUCCUGCCCGGCAGCAUGAGGAAAGAGUGUGCUUCCUUGUCUCAGCAGCCCACCUGCCAGCUCUCUGGGAUCCUGGGGUCGGCAGGUCCACCCCAAGGAAGAAGGGCAGUGCUCCACAUGGCCAAAGGGGGCAGGCGUGUCCCCAAGACCCCGUGCCAAGGUGCUCGAGGUGCUCCUGGGCCUUGGGUUCCCCAGCAGGACCCAGCAUCUGUGAUCAGUCCACAGUGUGCAUCUCCUUAUGAUGGAAACACUGCAUGUGUGGUGGUCACAGGUGGUGUGCUGCAGAGUGGCUGUGCCUUCAGGGAUGUUGGAAAAUAGUCCCAGCACCAGUCCUGCGUGGGAAAUUGGCUGGACAGUUGAGGGAACAGGGUUCCCUGUGUGACCACACCACCCUCGUCUGCCCUAGGGUCUCCCGUCCCUGCCCCGGGAUGGGUCCAGACUGCCACAACCCUCCACCAAAUCCUGUUCCAUGACUUGCUGGGCACGUGUUUAUAAUUUAAAGUAUUCUAGAACAUUCCUAAGUAUUUUCUAGUAGCCAGACUUCUGCCUUCUUUUUCUCGAAAGGAACUUUAAUAGACUAACAAACUUUGUGUUAACGCAGCAGCACCCCUGUGAAUUCACUCUGUCUGAUUCAGGUUUCCGAGCCGAGGUUGAGCUGCCGGUUGCUAAGUAGAGUGCCUUUAAUCCGAGCAGCACAGGGCCCCGGGACACAAGGUCGGCCCUGGUCCGCUGCCCUGCUUGGAACUGGCAGCGCAGAGCUGCGCCCUCCAGGAGAAUAGCAAGCCCCAGUGCCUUACUUGUAAUCCAUUCCCAAUAAAGCAGUGUUACACCUGUGA